AAAAAAAAAAAAUCGGUAACAAUAAAUAAAUUAAAAAUAAAUAUAUUAAGAAUGCCUCCUAAAGAUGAUCCACAAUCUGAAACUCUGAGUGCAGCUAAUUACGUGAAGCCACCAAAGCCACUCCAAAUAACCGGUGGAAACCUUUCAUCGGCAUGGAAAAAUUGGAUCCAGCUUUAUAAAUGGAUCGAGAUAGCUGCACAACUAAACAAAAAACCAGAGGAAAUCCAAGUGGCAACAUUUAUGUCAUGUAUAGGAGCAGAUGCAGCAAACAUCUAUAAUUCUUUUUCCUUCACAGAAGCCGAGACUGAUAAAGUAUCUUCUAUAAUUAAUAAGUUUAACGAGUAUUUUUCUCCUAGGGUAAGCUUAACAUUUGAAAGGUACACCUUUAAUACUCUAACUCAACGCGAAGGAGAAAGUUUCGAAGAAUUCUUAACAAAAAUUAAAAAUCAAUCAAAAAAAUGUGCAUUUGAAAAUCUUGAAGACUCAUUAUUGCGGGACAAAAUAGUAACGGGUAUAAGAAAUGAUAGUCUGCGUGAAAAAUUAUUAGCAGAAGAUGACAUCAAACUAGAUCAGGCUAUAAAGGUAUGCAGAGCAAGCGAGAUAGCUUCCCAGCAAUUGCGCGAUUUACAUAAGCCCGAAACAGCAGCAGUUGAUGCAAUAAAAAAAUAUAACCCACAUUAUUACAAAAAAUCACCAAAAGCCAAAUCUUCAUUCACCUACACAUGCAGAAAUUGUGGGACAGAGCAUGAAAAAAAUAAAUGCCCAGCAUACAAACAAAAAUGCCAACACUGUAAAAGAACUGGCCAUUUUACCGAUCUAUGCUUUCAGCGAAGAAAAAAAUUCGAUAAGAAGAAAAAAGUAUACACCCUACAAGAAGGCACACAACCUGUUAACGAAAGUGACAAUACUAGUGACGAUUCAAGCGGUUUGUUCGUUCUAGCUCUCACAAAAUCAGAAACAAAUAAGGAUGAGACAAAAAAUUGGUACGAAGAAAUAAAAAUCGAGGAAAAAACAAUCAAAGUUAAUCUCGACACCGCCGCGCAGUGCAACGUGCUUCCAGUCAGUCUGAUAAAGAAAUCAAAUUUACAAAAAAUAAAACCAACAAAACAAAAGAUUAUAGCUUUCGGUGGAACAGAAAUCGACGUGCGCGGUGAACUAAGCCUAGAUUGUGUUGUGCGCAAUAAAAAUCGAAAAAUAAAGUUCUUGAUUGUGAAAGAUUUUCCAGAUUUUGAGCCAAUAUUAGGCAAAGAUGACUGUGAAAAGUGUUCUCUAGUGCUGCGUGUGCAAGAAAUAAACUUGGAUAACGAGAUUUUCCAAGGACUUGGAAAGGUCAAAGAUUUUGUCUAUGAUAUUGACCUAAUCGACAAUCCAAAGUUUGAACAUUAUGCGCCAAGAAAAAUUCCUCAUUCCAUUCGAGAUGAUGUCAAAAAAGAAAUUGACAAUAUGCUCAGACUCGGUGUUCUAAUCAAAACGGACGGAUUUCCCCCUGCAGUUUCACCGAUGGUAGUGGUAAGAAAGAAGGACAAAAUUAGGGUAUGUAUCGAUCCCACAGACGUUAAUAAAAAUAUACGUAGGCGUUAUCAUCCUUUACUAACCAUUGAACAAAUAACUGCAAAUAUUAAAGGAUCUAAGUUCUUUACACUAUUAGAUUGUACGAGGGGCUUUUGGCAAAUCGAGGUAUCAAAGAGAACACAGCAAUACCUCACGAUGUCAACUCCUUGGGGACUAUUUUCAUUUACACGAAUACCGUUUGGACUUGCGUGCGCACCAGAAGUCUACCAGAGCUACAUGCAAACAAUUCUCGAAGGAUGCCAAAACACUGAUGUCGCUAUUGAUGACAUAUUGAUCCAUGCGAAAACUCAAGAGGAACUGCAGCAACUCACAGAUAGCUACUCCGGUUUUUUCGACUACACAGAACUCAAACAAACAACAUCAACUGAGGUUAUUAAGGCUCUGAAGGUCUGUUUUGCAACCCAUGGCAUCCCAUCGGUCCUGGAAUCAGACACCGGGCCACAAUUCGCUUCAAGAGAAUUCGCUAACUUUGCUAAAGAUUGGGACAUCCAACACCAAACAUCAAGUCCCUACUAUCCCCGAUCCAACGGACUGGCCGAACGAUACGUGCAGACAGCGAAGUCAAUGCUAAAAAAAUGCUUCAAAGACCAAUCAGAUCCUUAUAUUGCGCUCCUGAAUUAUCGAAAUUCACCACGAAAUGAGGUUCUGCAAUCACCAAACCAACGACUCAUGAGCAGACUCACAAGAACAACUUUACCAGUUUCCCCUGAACUACUUAAGCCAAAGAUUAUACCGGACGUACACGAAAACAUCACCAAAAUGCGACAAAACUACAAAUCAAACUACGACAACAGCGCAACUCCAUCAAAACUCUUUCACGCUGGAGAUAGGGUACGUAUCCAACGAAACCAUCGAGAUUGGAUAACUGGAGUCGUCGAAGAGUUACCAAAACAUGGACCAAGGUCGCUUGUAAUACGAACAGAUGAUGGCAAACUUCUACGACGAAACACAAUCCACAUUCAGCCUACUAAAUCGAUCAUCCAGGCACCAAAGUCAGUAACAGCAAAUAUACCACCUUCAAAUUCAGACUCUUUGAAACACACCAACAACCGUAGCAAAAUACCAAACACGCCAGAUCCGACUACAUCAACACAAAUAAACAAAUCACCAGAUUCAACCAAUUCCCCAGCUAAGACGACAAGAUACGGACGUGUCUUAAGACAACCCGAUCGCUACACAUCUACAAGCUCUAAAUAAUUUUUAUUACAAAGCAUUUCAUAACAUUAUUAAUUUACUUUUUUUGAAUUUCCUUAACUAUAAAAUCACUUACUAAUGUUUAUAUCAUAUUGAAUUUAAAUAGUUUUGCUGAAUUAAAUAUUAACUUUAAAUUCUAUAAAAGGGAAGAUGUCAUAUAGGUUCGACACCCCUGCCUAAACCUACAUUAUAUAAACAUACUUAUAAUCAUACAUUUGUAUUAUGUUAUCUUUUAUGACAACUCAAUAAAAGUACACUUCAGUCUUCACUUAA